AUGGCUCGCAUCCAGAUUCCCAUCGAUGCCCUGACGAACCGUCUCGGCCUGCAGGAGCGCUUUAACAGCAUGCGUUCCGGCGGUUUGAGCGGUCGCUUCGCCAACCUCAAGCCCGUUGGCGAGUUCUUCGACAUGAAGCGUCUCUCCAAGCCCGCCAACUUUGGCGAGGUCCAGUCACGAUGGAACUACAACCUCUCCUACUUCUCCAGUAACUACAGCGUCGUCUUCUUGAUGCUCAGCAUCUACGCUCUGCUGACCAACUGGCUGUUGCUGUUCGACAUCAUCUUUGUCAUUGCGGGCAUGUUCCUCAUUGGCAAGCUCGACGGUCGUGAUCUCGAGAUUGGCUCUUUCAAGGCCACCACUUCCCAACUGUGGACUGGUCUCCUCGUCAUCUCUGUGCCCUUGGGCCUGUACGCCUCGCCUUUCGCGACGCUGCUCUGGCUCGUUGGUGCUUCUGGCGUGGUCAUUCUUGGCCACGCUGCUUUUAUGGACAAGCCUAUCGAUGAGGCUUUUUCCGGGGAGGCGGGAGCUGCGCAACAGGGGUCCUGGGAGGACGGGACGAGAGUUGUCGAGGAGCUAGAGGAGACGGAAAUGGACAAUUCGGAUACACAAGGCGUUGGUUUGAUUUCGCGAGGGAAGCGGUUCGCAAGCGACCCGCUCCGCUUUACGGGUACAGACGUGGGUGACCGGACGACGGCAUUGCGGAGAGGAUACGACUACCAGCAUUCGGACGAUGACGAGGACGACAGCGAAGACGACAGCGAGGGCUCGGAAGAGUCCUCUUCGGAAGACGACGACGAAGAAGAGGAAGAAGAGAUUGAUUGGGAUCAGCUUUCGCCGAGGGAGCGGGAUGAGGCGCUCGCGCAAAGAGCCCUGGCCCGCAUCCGACGUGCACAAGAACGAGGCAAGCUCGAGGUCAACCUCAGCAAAGACGAGAUGGCCGCCCUGGAACGACGGAGGAAGCGCCUUGAAAAGGAAGCUCGCAAGCAGGAGCGUAAGCAGCAGCGCGAGAAGGAGCAGCGGUUCGCCAUUCCGCUGUCGCAAUUUCAGCCGACCUCUUCUCGCAGAAGGUCGCCCACCUUGACUCUGGAGGACGAUCUGCCGCGCCAUCCGUCGCCUGGCACAUUCGCCAAUGUCCAAGACGGUGGUGCGAUGCCGCCUAUGGGGUACUUCCCGCCGCCCAACGCUUCUCGUACUCGCCCUAGAUCGGCAACUUCCGCCUCGCAGCGACCGACGUCUCGAAUCAUGGGCGAAAGGGGUUCGUCGCCCUUCAACUACGCCUACGUCCAGGGCGCACCAGGCCAACGUUUGCCAUCGGAUGACAUGUCGCCUGCUUCUUCGACAUCGUCUCUGUCAAAAUCGCGAAAUGGCGUUGACCCCUUCCAGUUCCAGACCGAAGGUCCCGCCGCUGCCGCUCGACGCAACGUGUCGGGCUCCACCGACGGGCGCCGAACAUCCGUUGCGCCUCCGACGGGUCGAGGUGGCCGAGCUCCGCGCGGGCCGCCACCCGAGGAGAGCAGCAGCGAAGAGAGCAGUGAGGAGAGCAGCGAGGAAAGCACCAGCGACGGCAUCGGAAAUGGUGCCAAGAUCGUCCAGCCGCCGCAGCCGCCGCCGGUGUCGUCUGGUCCGACGACACGACGUGAUCGUAAGGAGGCCAUCGCCGUGGAGGAGGCUGCCGCCCGCGAACCGGCACGUGAGGUUUCGCGGGGUAAGAAGUCGGCCAACCCGUCGCCGUCCAAGAGGAAGCCUACUGGUGGCCGGCGCAAGAAGAAGUAA